UUUGAGUUUUCUAAUCCAAACAAAACCUCUUUUUUGCUUUCUUUUUCUUUUUCCUAUUUUUCCUAUUUUUUUCGAAUUUCAUUUCCAUCCCUCUCUCUCUCCCUCUCGCUCUCUCGCUCGUCGGAGAACUGGAACUUUUCUCUCUCUGCUUGAUCGUACGAUUCGAGAAUUGUCUCUGACUUUCAGCGUGGUUGGUAGGAUUGAGGUCGGCAAUUCUUGAGGAAGCUUCCUGGCGACGACUUGAAGAAGAAGUAAAAGAGAAUAUAAGACUUUGAGCUGGAGAUGGAUAUUGCUCCAUCUUAAAUCACACCUGGUAGGGAAGUUUGGAAAUUGAAGUGAUGACAAAGCACCGCUUGAGUGAAUCCAUUAAGUCCUUGUUUGGAAGUCACAUCAAUUCAGAGAAGCAUGAAGAGCUGAAAGGAACUAAAAUAGGUAUUGAUGACAAGGUGAAUAAAAUAUUGAAGCUUCUAAAAGAUGAAGAUCUUGAAGAAAAAGAUGCCAUCUCAGUAGAGAACUCCAAAAAGGAACCUCUUGUUGAGCUAAUUGAGGAUUUCCACAAAGAGUACCAAUCACUCUAUGCACAAUAUGAUCAUCUAACCGGAGUGCUAAAGAAAAAAGCUCAUGGCAAACAAGAAAAGGACAGCUCAUCUUCAUCAAGCUCAGACUCAGAUUCAGAGUAUUCUUCAAAUGACAAAAGCAGUAAAAAUGGACUGUUGAAAAGUGACUUUCAGAAAACUGAUGGGAUCAAACAUGAACUUGAAUCAGCACAUCUAGAAGUUGCUGACCUGAAGAGGAAAUUGACAGCUACAAGUGAAGAGAAGGAAGCUUUAAACUUAGAACACGAGGCGGCUUUGACCAAGAUAGAAGAAACAGAAAAAAUUGCCAGAGACUUGAAGACUGAAGCUGAAAGGUUAGAUGUUGAAAAUUCGCAACUUUUGGCUGAGAAUAAUGAGCUAAAUAAAAAACUGGAAGCUGGUGGAAAGAUAGAAGCUGAACUAAAUCAAAGAGUAGAAAAUGUGGAAAGAGAGAGAGAUAACUUGAUUCAGGAGAAAGAGACUGCUCUGAGAAGGAUAGAGGAAGGAGAAAAUAUUACAGCAGAGUUAAGAACCAUGGUUGAUCGGCUGAAAGAUGAAAAAGUAACCCUUGAGCAAGAACUAGAAUCCGUUCAAGGGGAAGUUUCCAAUUUGAAGCAGCAGCUGGAAUCUGCAGAACAGCAGGUGUCAGAUGUAAGCAAAGCUAAGGAGGAAGAGACCUUGAAAAAUUCGGAGAUGUCAAAUGAAAUUCAGCAGGCGCAGAACAUGAUACAAGAACUCACGGUUGAAUCUAGUCAACUAAAGGAGAAAUUGGGUCAGAAAGAAAAUGAAUAUUCAACUCUGUCUGAGAGGCAUGAGCUGCAUGAGAACAAAACCUCAGCUCAAAUAAAGGGAUUACAGGCUACAGUGACAGGGCUGGAACUGGAACUAGAAUCUUUGCAAGGUCAGAAAAGAGACAUGGAAGUGAAGAUUGAGAGCAAAGAAACUGAAGUUAAACAACUGGAAGAGGAAAACGCAGGACUACAAGUCCGAAUUUCAGAACUUGAAUCAGCAUCAAAUGAGAGAGCAGCCGAACUGUCUGCUCUAACAAAAGAACUUGAGGAUAACAAUAGUGAAUCUAUUCAGCUGAAGGAGAAGUUGGGUCAGACGGAAAAGGAGUAUUCAACUCUGUCCGAGAUGCAUGAGCUGUAUGAGAAUAAGACAUUGGCUCAAAUAAACGGAUUGGAGGCCCAAGUGACAGGGCUGGAACUGGAGUUGGAAUCUUUGCGAGGUCAGAAAAGAGAUAUAGAAGUGAAGCUUGAGAACAAAGAAACUCAAGCAAAACAACUAGAAGAAGAGAAUGCAGGAUUACAAGCCCAAAUUUCACAACUUGAAUCGACAUUAGAAGAGAGAGAAGCUGAACUUUCUGCUCUCACAAAGAAACUUGAGGACAGCAAUACUGAAUGUAGUCAGCUAAACGAGCAACUGGGUCUCAAGGAAAAGGAAUAUUCAACUCUGUCUGAGAGGCAUGAGCUGCAUGAGAACGAAACCUCGGCUCAAAUAAAGGGAUUACAGGCUACAGUGUCAGGGCUGGGACUGGAACUAGAAUCUUUGCGAGGUCAGAAUAGAGACAUGGAAGUGAAGAUUGAGAUCAAAGAAACUGAAGUUAAACAACUGGAAGAGGAAAACGCAGGACUACAAGUCCGAAUUUCAGAACUUGAAUCAGUAUCAAAUGAGAGAGCAGCUGAACUGUCUGCUCUAACAAAAGAACUUGAGGAUAACAAUAGUGAAUCUAUUCAGCUAAAGGAGAAGUUGGGUCAGACAGAAAAGGAGUAUUCAACGCUGUCCGAGAUGCAUGAGCUGUAUGAGAAUAAGACAUUGGCUCAAAUAAAAGGAUUGGAGGCCCAAGUGACAGGGCUGGAACUGGAAUUGGAAUCUUUGCGAGGUCAGAAAAGAGAUAUAGAAGUGAAGCUUGAGAACAAAGAAACUCAAGUAAAACAACUAGAAGAAGGGAAUGCAGGAUUACAAGCCCAAAUUUCAAAACUUGAAUUGACAUUAGAAGAGAGAGAAGCUGAACUUUCUGCUCUCUCAAAGAAACUUGAGGACAGCAAUACUGAAUGUAGUCAGCUAAACGAGCAACUGGGUGUCAAAGAAAACGAAUAUUCAACUCUGUCUGAGAGGCAUGAGCUGCAUGGGAACGAAACCUCGGCUCAAAUAAAGGGAUUACAGGCUACAGUUUCAGGGCUGGAACUGGAACUAGAAUCUUUGCGAGUUCAGAAAAGAGACAUGGAAGUGAAGAUUGAGAGCAAAGAAACUGAAGUUAAACAACUGGAAGAGGAAAACGCAGGACUACAAGUCCGAAUUUCAGAACUUGAAUCAGUAUCAAAUGAGAGAGCAGCUGAACUGUCUGCUCUAACAAAAGAACUUGAGGAUAACAAUAGUGAAUCUAUUCAGCUGAAGGAGAAACUUGAGAACAAAGAAACUCAAGUAAAACAACUAGAAGAAGAGAAUGCAGGAUUACAAGCCCAAAUUUCAAAACUUGAAUCGACAUUAGAAGAGAGAGAAGCUGAACUUUCUGCUCUCACAAAGACACUUGAGGACAGCAAUACUGAAUAUAAUCAACUAAAUGAGCAACUGGGUCUCAAGGAAAAGGAAUAUUUAACUCUGUCUGAGAUGCACAAGCUGCAUGAGAAUGAAACAUUGGCUCAAAUAAAGGGAUUGGAGGAGAAAGUUUUGGGGCUGGAACUGGAGCUGGAAUCUUUGCGACAUCAGAAAAGUGAUUUGGAAGUAGAGAUUGAGAGCAAAGAAACUGAAGCAAAACAACUGGGAGAGGAGAAUGCAGGACUACAUGCCCGAGUUUUGGAGCUUGAAUUGAUAUCAGAAGAGAGAGAAGCUGAACUUUCUGCUCUCACAAAGAAACUUGAGGACAGCAAUAAUGAAUCAUCAUCUAGAAUAGCAGAUUUGGCAGCACAGAUCAGUAAUCUGCUAGCUGACAUAGAUUCUUUGCGUGCCCAGAAAGUUGAAUUGGAGGAACAGAUGGUAUGUAAAGGUGAUGAAGCAUCAACUCAGGUCAAGGGCUUAAUGGAACAAGUAAAUGUCUUGCAGCAAGAAUUGGAGUCCCUACUCAGCCAGAAAACUGAAUUGCAAGUGCAGAUUGAGAAUAAAACUCAAGAAACUUCAGAGUACUUGAUACAGAUACAAAAUCUGAAAGAGGAGAUAACAAACAAGAUAACGGAUCAUCAGAGGAUUGUGGAAGAGAAAGAGAGUUUGACAGCAGAAAAGAGAGACAUUGAGAUAAAGGUGGACUCGAUACACAACCACAAAAGUGAACUUGAAGAGGAGAUAAGAACUAAAGUCCUUGAGAACGAUCAGUUCAGAGCAGAAAUUGUGGAGCUGAAGGAUCAAAUUUCUGAAUUUGAGAUGAAACUAUCGCAAAUAGAGGUCGAGUUCUCUUCUCUCCAGGAGAAACAUGAAAGUUCUGUGAACGAUGCAUCUGCUCAAAUAGAAGCCUUUGUGUCACAGGUGAACAGUCUACAGCAGGAUUUGGAUUCAUUGCAGACCCAGAAGAAGCAGAUAGAGUUGCAAUUUGAGAAGGAGAAACAAGAACAUUCAGAGAGCCUGACGCUAUUGGAAAAUGAAAAAGCGGAGUUAACGAGCAAGAUCACCGAUCAUCAGAGACUGCUGAAUGAACGGGAGGAUUCGUACAAGAAGUUAAAUGAGGAAUAUAAACAGCUUGAAAGUCAGUUUCACGACAGCAAGGUCAAUCGAGACUCUGCAGAAAGGAAAAUUGAGCAAAUGGUGCUAGAAUUCAGUACAAAAGUUGAAUCCAAAGAUCAGAUAAUAGCUGAUUUGGAACAAGCAGCUGAAGACCUGAAAAGAGAUCUUGAAGAAAAAGGGGACGAGCUUAGUUCUUUGGUUGAUAAUUCCCGGAAUAUUGAAGUUAAGUUGCGGUUGUCAAACCAGAAGCUCCGUGUUACAGAGCAGUUAUUGACUGAGAAGGAAGAGAGCUUCAGACGUGCAGAACAAAAGUUCCAGGAAGAACAAAGAGCACUAGAAGACAGAAUUGCUACAUUGUCUGGUACAAUUUCUGCAAACAAUGAAGCCUAUCAAAGAAACAUCACGCAUAUCUCAGAAAAUGUGAACAGUUCCUUGACUGUAUUGGAAUCUGUGAUCAAGAAAUUUGUGGAUGACUAUGCAAAGUAUGAGAAGUGUAUUCUAGGAACAACAAAGGAGCUUCAAACUGCAAAGAACUGGAUUGCGGAAACAAAUGGUGAAAGAGUGAAGUUGAAGGAGGAGGUAGGGGACCUAAUCGAACAACUGCGUGGUAAGAAAGAAGAAGCGUUGGUGUUCAGAGAGCAGGUUGAGAAGUUGAGGGCAACUGCAAGAGGGGAGGAAGUGGAGAAGGGGGGUCUGAUCAAAGCUGUGAAGCAACUUGAGAAGACGGUAGAGGACUUGGAGAAGACGGUGGGAGAGAAAAAUGAGGGCUUACUAGGAUUGGCGGAGGAGAAGAGGGAAGCCAUAAGGCAGCUGUGCAUAUGGAUCGAGUAUCACCAAAGCCGGUAUGAUGAUCUCAAGGAAGUGCUCUCAAAGAUGACUGCUGCAAGAGGCCAGAGGAGGGCGUAGUUUCCUCGUCCUUGGGGGAUAAUUAUCUUUUUUUUCCCUUUCCAUUGCAGUAUGACCAUUUUAGCUGUUGCUUCAUGUAAUUUUUUUUUCUUGUUUGA